GCGCUUCACACACAACUUUAGAGACACAGAGAGCAGAGUGCCACGCAGAGCAUCGCUGUGUGAGCGUGUCCCGGGUAGAAUUAUCGUUAUUAUAAGAUGAUCCUGCUGCUCGCUCUGCUUUCUGUUCUCUCUGGAGAACUGGGUCUGUGCCAGAAGGAGGAUGAAGGCUUCACCUUUGAUGGAGACAUCCUCCAAUUUGCCGUGACCCCCAACAUGCUUUACAUCGCCACAGAGGAGAGGCUGUACCAGCUGAGCCACGACUUGACUUUGAUCAACAGUCUGACCCAGAGAGGAAUCUUAAAGACCGGAAACCAGCAGGAUGAUGUGCAGUUUUACCGGGUUUCUGACACAGCUGAGUGGAACGCAACUUUCAGCAUCAACGUGUUGUUGCCUUUCACAAGCAAUGACUCGCUGAUCAGCUGCGGUGUGACUGACGAUGACUGCAGUUACUGCGAGGUUCUGGACCUGAAGAACAUCUCCAAGCUUCUGCACAGAGAACACAUCCAGGUGGGACCUCUGAAAAGCAGCAGCAGGUCAGUCAGCUUUCUGGUGGAUGUGAAGAAGAAAACUCAGACUGACACUUACAUUCUGACCGCGAUCCAACAAAACACAGAAAAGCCCGAAAACAACAAGUGUGGUAUUAAUCGGCAGACUGUCAACCUGCAAGAUACAGAUAACAAACAGGGUGGAGGUACAUUUUCUCUAGCUGAUGGAGCUUCAGGCACACCUGGGAUCAAAAGUAAAGGUGAUGUGGAGUUUGUUGACGGGUUUCAGAUCAAUUCAACCAUCUAUCUGUUCUUCAACGCGCUCUCAGCUCAAACAAACAGAGUCCGUCUCAUUUGGCUCGAAGGGGAAAAAAGCAAAACUGAUACACUCAAGUCUCUGUGGGGCGCAACUCUCAGUGUCUCCCACAGUGAAAGCAGCAGACUCGUGGCCUCCUUGGUCAUCCUGGGGGAGCAGCCGGUGCUUUGGAGCGGCGUGUUCAGUGUGGAUGGAGGAGACACCAACACCCAACUAAUGGUGUUUGACAUCAGCCCUGAUUACAGCAGUGAUGCCGACAGAGAUCCAGACUUCUACACCUCUGUGCCAUCAGAAGUGACGCCAAAGAUCCUCAAACCGAAGGCAGUGAUUUUCAGGCAGACCUACAUGACCUCAGUGCUGGCAGUGAGGCAGAGAGGCUGGAUGGUUUUCUAUAUUGGGACAGGAGAUGGACAGCUCAUUAAGGUUUGUAUAAAUUAUCAUACAUCAGUUAUUAUUAACAGAAAGAAAUAAAGCUAAUGUUCAGUAUUUCAGAGGCCAUCUAGUAGCAGUAGGGUGUCUAUUGAGUGACCUGUUAACUAAACAAAUUUAAUGCAUUAACUGUUUAGGAAUUACAGCCAUUUUUAUACACAGGCUGCCAUUUUCACAGUCAGUUGAGGCCUAAUUUCGUUAUGUCACAACAUUUUGCUGGAAGUCAACGUAUUAGGCCCAAAGAAGUGUCAGUGCAAAUAAACAAGGCUGAACAAGCAAAAGAAAGCAGACAGACGGCAGAGCCUGUAGGAGAAGCCAAAUCAACAUUCCAGAUCAAGAACAUCCAACGAGUCUGAACAAGUACAGAAGACAACCGAUGUGGAUGUUUGCAGCAAUGUUUCAUUAGUUUACAGCUACAGAGCAUCUUGGAAUCCCAAGAAAACCCUUGGAGAAGUAGUUUUGUUGUCCUUUAUCAAACUUUGAGUUAAAGAGACACCUUCAGGAAUGUAUAUAUGGAAACCAUUGUUUACACUCGGGCACAGGAAGACCAGAUUAGACCUGGCUGAAAACAUCUCAAAGAUGCCUAAAAAUAAAUAUUUGGACAGAAACAAAGAUUUACUGGAUGAUGGUUAACGGGGGGAAGAAAAGUGUAAAAGCUGUAUAGUUUUGUUUUUAGUGUAAAUUCUAACAUUAAAAAUUUUAUUCAUUGUGUUUGCAACACUUGUGAUCUUAAUUAUAUGAUUAUCAGCUUUAUUUAUUUUUUACAUUCUUCCUAGAGUCCCUUUUUUUCAAUCAAUCACUCAAUC